AUGGAGAUUGCUGGACCAACAUUUAUUAAACUUGCACAAUGGGCAGCUUCUAGAACUGAUAUUUUCCCACAAGAAAUGUGCCUACGUCUUUCUAAACUUCAUUCAGCAGUGGAUCCUCAUCCAUUCGAAUUUACAAAGAAAAUAAUUGAAAAAUUUUUCAACGAACCUCUUGAACAAGUUUUUUCAGAGUUUGAUCAAAUUCCAAUUGGCGUUGGGGCUAUUGCACAAGUUUAUAAAGCAUCAAUUCGACCUGAAUUUUUGAAAUCUAGUCAAGGUUUUGGUGAUUUUAAUGAUUGUUCAGAGAAUAUAAAAAUUUUUCUAAAAAAACCAACAGUAGCAAUUAAAGUAUUACAUCCAAAAGCCGAGAAAAUGAUUAAAAGAGAUUUAAAGAUAUUAUUGGUAUUUGCCAGGAUAUUUAACACAAUACCUAAUAUGCAAUGGCUAUCAUUUCCUGAAGAAGUGUUGAAGUUUGGUGAGAUGAUGCAAUCCCAAUUGGACUUGAGGAUUGAAGCAUAUAAUCUACUAGAAUUUCAAAAAAAUUUCAAGGAAAGAUAUGCAGUAAAGUUUCCAACUCCUUUGAUCAAAUAUUCUACAAAAGAUAUGUUAAUUGAAGAGUAUAAAGAUGCUUUACCAAUUAGUUUAUUUUUAGAAAAUGGGUGUGGUGCUUAUGGUAGUAGAAUUGCUGAUAUGGGUAAGAUUCAUUAA